GCGGCGGCGGUGGCCGCUGGGCGGGGCAGCGCGGCGGCUGCCACGGACAGCUGGGGCGACUUCGACCUCGACCUGGGCUCGGAAGGAGGACCCGGCGCUGGGCAGCCUUGCAGCGCGAAGGCUGCGGGGGCGACUGAGCUCGACCUCGACUUCUUCGACGGCUGGGGCGAGGAGAGCGCGACCGAUCACGCGGCGCGGGAGGAGAAAGAGCGCAAGGCCACGGAGGAGGCCGAGCGCGCCGCACAGGAGGAGGCAGCCCAGAAAGCCAGGGAGGAGGCCGAACGCGCCGCACAGGAGGAGGCAGCCCAGAAGGCCAGGGAGGAGGCCGAGCGCAUUGCUCAGGAGGAGGCAGCCCAGAAGGCCAGGGGAGGAGGCCGAGCGCAUUGCCCAGGAGGAGGCAGCCCAGAAGGCCAGGGAGGAGGCCGAGCGCAUUGCCCAGGAGGAGGCAGCCCAGGAAGCCAUGGAGAAAGCCGAGCGCGCCGCACAGGAGGCCGAGCGCAUUGCACAGGAGGAGGCAGCCCAGGAAGCCAGGGAGAAAGCCGAGCGCGCCGCACAAGAGGAGGCAGCCCAGAGGGCCAGGGAGGAGGCCGAGCGCGCCGUCGAGGAGGAAGCAGCAAAGAAGGCCAGGGAGGAGGCCGAGCGCGCCGCAGAGGAGGACGCAGCCCAGAAGGCCAGGGAGGAGGCCGAACGCGCCGCCCAGGAGGGAGCCGAGCGCGCCGCCCUGGAGGGAGCCCAGGAGGAGGCCGAGCACGUGACACGAGGGAAGGCAGAGCGCGAGGCCAGGGAGGAGACCGGACGCGCAGCAUCGGCGAGAGCAGAGCGCGGGGCCAUGGAGGAGGAGGAGUCGGAGGGCAGGGGCGCGGAGCAGACGCGGCGCGCAGCGCAGGAGGAGCCGGUGCCCGAGGCGGCAGGGGCGGCCGAGCGAGUCGCGGGAGAGGAGGCGGCGGAGGAAGCGAGGGAGGGCGCGGAGCGAACGGCGGCAGAUGAGCCCCAGGGUGCCGCCCGGGGGGGCGCAGGCCAGCAGUGUGGGGAGGAGGCCGGGGAGGCCGCGCAGAAGGGUGCCGAGGAGGUGGAGGAGCAGGGCGCGGAGCAGGGCGCACCCGAGCGUGCGGAGCAGCACGGCGGCGAGGAGCGUCUGGAGGAGACCGCGCCGACGGAGGCCGCCGUCCCCAGCGAGGAGGAGUUUCGCGCGCUGAUCCUGCGGAUGAAGGGCGCGACCCCCGAGGGCCGCCGCGAGAUCCUCAAGACGCUGCCCACGGGCACGAAGGCGCUCCUCAUGCAGCGGAUGUCGGCGAUUGCCGCCCACCGCCAGGCGCGGGAGCCCGAGGGCCCGUCGUCGGCGGAGGCGGCCACCGCGGCGCCCGCGGCCGACGGCAGCGGCGCGGCAGCGCGCCAGGCUCUUGGCCCAGCGGACGGGCCUCACACCGCGGAGGCCGCGGCGGCGGCCCACCGCGCGCUGCUGGUGGGGGUGUACUCGGACUGCAACCCAGAGAAGCUCGAGAGGCUGGACGAGCUUCUGGCGAAGUACCGCGGGCGGGAGCGCGAGCUGUACCUCUCCGUCUGCUCCAAGUACGGGGUGACUCCCCAGGCGGUGCCGGGCUCGGAGGGGUGCGACGACACCGGGCCGACGACGCCGACGACCGGGGCAGCGCCGACGUCACCGACCGCGUUCCGCGCCGGCGACGCCGCCCCAGGUGCCGAGGGUGCCAGCGCGAGUGCUGGCGCAGCAGUCGGCAGCAGUGGCGGGAGCGGCUUUGGCACGGCUCUGUUCGGCGUCGGCACAGCAGGCACCGAGGGCGACACCGAGGUCCGGCGCCCCACGGGGACGUCGCUGCUGAGCGGCGGAGGUUGGUCUCUGGCUGGAUCGAUCUCGGCGGGCUUCAAGACGCUGCAGUCGGUCCAAGAGAACGUCGAGCGUUCCUUCGAGACGGCCCUCAAGUCCCAGGAGGAGCAGUCCGCGGCUGAGCUGGUGAAGCAGGCGUGGAGGCCGAUCUCGGCCGGCGAGCUGGCGGAGGAGGAGUGCGCGGAGCCGGCGUCGCUGCCGGAGCUCGCCCCUGCCGGCGGCGAGGUGCAGUGCGUCCUGCAGGUCAUACAUGUGAACCAGCAGCUGCUUGCGAUACGACCAGGCCUCACGAUGUGGCCUUGA